AUGGCAAGCAGAGGCUACCGCGGAAGUUGGCGAAAAGAACGCCCCAGUCCAAUCAUACGGCCUAAUAAUGGGCUAAGACUCCCGUCGAGAACUAGACCUUCUCCAUACCCAGACGUCUGGGAAGCUUCUAAAGACCCACACCAUCAAGCCCGCGUCAACCUCUUCAAGCAACGUAAGGAGUUAGCCAACUCGAGCGGAAGUAGCCAGUACUCAAGCUCCCCUUCGACCCAACGUUCCACGUCGAGGCCCUCGUCGUCUUCGAGCGGGGAAGUCGUAGGUAGAAGCGCAAAGGCAAGGCUCAGGAGCAUUUCUCGUGAUGACCAUGACAGCGGCGUCGAGCUUUCUGAGUCUGAGAGAAGUAUUUCGUCAGAGGAAUUCAAAUACGAACUUGAGCGCUACGAAAACCACAAAGAGCUACUCACUAAGGGCGAAUGGGUUACUCCUCCUAAACCUCGCGAUCAAAUCAGACGUAUCUCCACUAAAGAAUUCAACCAGGAACGUAUUAGGGGGGUGAGGCGGUGGUCACACGUCCAAUCAUUUAUGUACGGGCUGAGUGCCUCUACUCUUCGGGAGACCGACUCAAAGCAACCUCCCUACUUUUACCAGGUCGGAGUCAUUUUUUCAGCCCCUGUCCAUUCUGCCACGAGCUCCGAAGAGCCAUACAUUCUCUACGACGAUCCCAACCUAACAGCCACCCCUUACGGUACAAUAUGCUCCAAAUUUCGCAAGAUGAUUGUAAUCAAAUUGUUCAGUGAACACAUCCAGUGUUUGCCGAUUUAUAGUUACAACGGCUUGGGAUUAGAAGGCAAAGAAAAGUUUGCGCAGGAACACGUUAGUAUCCGUGAUAUUGACGACCGAUAUCCAGAACCAAAGGAAGGACCACAUGAAGAACUCCACGCGUACCGAGACAAAGAGUACAAGGAGACAUUCAUUAAGGGUAAGUCGGUCGUUAAGCUAACUGAAAUAUAUUGUCACCGAUUCGAUGCUCCGGCAACUAUCGAGGGCAGGCUCGAUGGAUACAACGGUUCCAAGCGUAGAUUACUCCAACUUGUCGAAUCGGUAAGUUAGUG